AUGUCUCUCGACUUCCCUUCGCCUUUUUCAUCUUGGAAUGCCGUCUUCCCAGAAGCACUCUUUACAGCCCCAGUGCAGAAACGCGUCAGCGACUCAGCGAAGGACAUUGUAGAAAACCUCAAGACGUAUGCAAAGAAGUGUCAGUGGCUAGUGCUGUGGCUCGACUGCGACCGCGAGGGGGAGAACAUUGCUUUCGAGGCAGCAGACGCACGGUCCGAAGUUGACUUGCGCAUCGACUGCAUCGAGUUUCACAGCAGCAAGCUGGAUAUCGUUCUUGAAAUGGUUCUCGUCCACUAUACUUGGUUUUCGCCCCACAGAUAUCUCGAGGUGGAAAAAUUUGUCGCGGAACAAUUUUGGACUCUUCGAGUGACGGUUGAGAGGGAAGACGAGGAACGACCAGGUCACAAUCUCGUCGUCGACUUCCAGUGGGAACGACAGCGCCUUUUUGAUCGUUAUCCGCGAACGGAGACGGAGCGAUUCACGCGCUCUCAUGAUUUGUUGGGCCUGAUCGAGCAGCAGCGGGACAGUCCCCUAUGGGGACAAUUUGCUGCCAGUUUGGUUGAGGGUGGCUUUGAAUGGCCUCGCGAUGGGCCUAAUGACGAUGCCUGUCACCAUAGGGGGCUCCAUACCACGGCCGGCGUAUCUCCCCUGGUGUUAGGGCUGGUGAUUGGCAUGCGGAAAGUUGGCGUUCGUUGUAUCUGCGCAGAGAAGAAUGCGAAAAUGACGAUGAAUGGAAGCUCUGAUGCCAUUGGCUUUGAGACCAAGAUAGAGAUGGACAUUGCAGGUCAGCCCCGUAUGAACCGGCCUAUCAAACUAGUUUGCCCUUGCUGCAGCCCCUUCUGUGCUCUGGCUGCAAGACUGGUGAAAACUCCCGUGAUAAUAUGGGUCUUGGGCAGCGACAAGUUUGCCAGUUUAUGGUACGUCUAUGGCUAUGUAGGGGAGACGUUUUCCGCAACAGGACUCAUCGUGUUGCAGAAGAACUACCUGGAGGUGUACCCCUACGACUCGUGGGCAUCCCGCCGGCUGCCGCGAUUCCUGCUGCAUGAACGAUUUGUCCCGAAUGAUGUGACAAUCCAGACAGGCAGCACGCAGCCGCCUACUCUCCUGACGGAAGCUGACCUCAUCGACAAGAUGGACAAGGAACGCAAUUACGCGGUUAAAACGGAGGCUCAGCACUUUAAGCCUACAGAACUUGGUGUGGCUUUAGUAAAGGGCUAUAAACUCGUCGGUCGUAUCUGCAACGCAGAUCUGUCGCGGCCUGACUUGAGAGCCAACAUGGAAAGAGACAUGACGCUGAUUGCGCGGGGCGUAGAGCGGAAGGAGGAUGUUAUUCAGAGGCAUGUUGCCACAGUGGCGGGGGUGUUUCGGUUGCUCCGUCUUCAUAUUUCGUUGCUAGAUGAGCAACUCCAGCGGAUCUUCCCACCACUGGCUGCUUCAGAUGCCGACUGCCGCCUGCUCCAACGCAACUUUUGCACUUGCGCGAAGUGCGGUAGCUAUAUGGACCUAAUGGCAUGCUCCAACCGCUCUACCUGCAAUAUUAUUCUGAGGAUGCCUAAUCGCGGCGUCUUGUCUGUAACUCAACACGUUUGUCCUUACUGCACGUUCAAGAGUAGGUGUCUUGCUGUUAUCCGCGCAUGUGGGUGCCUGUUGACGUGCAGCCACAAGAAGCAGAAAACGCACCCAAUGGGGAGCUGCGAUGUUUCUCGUGCUGCCACCCAGUGA